CUCGUUUGAAUUGAGUUGAAGCCGUUCGACCAAUCAGCGUUCGAGGCGUCACACUUCCGGUCUCUCUCGGAUGGACCCAGUCGGCUAGCAGCUCUCUCUGUGUGUUCACCAACAAACUGGCGGUUAAAUGCUUCAUAUGAGCAGCAGAUAACUAAAAUUCCCACUAUGGCUUCUCGAGCGGGUCCGAGAGCGACGGGCACAGACGGCAGCGACUUCCAGCACCGGGAGCGGGUCGCUUCACACUACCAGAUGAGUGUUGCCUUGAAGUCUGAAAUCCGUAAACUCAACAUCGUCCACCUGCUGAUCUGGGCACUGAUGGCAGCACAGGUGACAGUAAGCCAGCUGAGCCUGGUGUCCCACAAGGUGGUGGCCUCUCCCUACCAGUGGGAGUACCCUUACCUGCUCAGCAUCAUCCCGACAGUCUUCUGCUUCUUGGCACUGCCCCGCAACAACAUCAGCUACCUGGUUAUCUCCAUGAUCAGUACAGGGCUCGUCUGCAUCGCCCCACUGAUCUACGGCUCCAUGGAGAUGUUCCCGGUGGCGCAGCAGCUCUAUCGGCACGGCAAAGCCUACCGCUUCAUCUUCGGCUUCUCUGCCGUUUCGGUCAUGUACCUGGUGAUCGUCAUUGCUGUGCAGGUGCAUGCCUGGCAGAUCUACUAUAGCAAGAAGCUGCUGGACCAGUGGUUCACCAGCACACAGGACAAGAAGAAGAAAUAAACUUAUCUCAGGUUCUCUUUGAGGACAAAGAGGAGCAACUCCCAAAAUUGUCAGCCUUUUCUAUAUUUAUAUUAAAAAUGUCCCUGGACUGCUGCCAUCCAUCUGUACAUUAAUCAUUUAAAACUGUAACCUGUAAGUUGAUGUUUGGAAACAUUAAAUACAUUUCAAUAAGACUGGA